AUGCCUCCCUCUUCGCACUCUUCUCAUACGAUGAUCAUGAAUUCGAACAGGCCCCAACCGUUUUAUCUGAUACCCGGACCCUACUCGCGCUUCGCCUGCUCCCUGUCCCGGCCUGCCCCCCUGAAAUCCAUCGCCAACAUGCCCCGAACCCCAUCGCUCGAGGACAUCGAUUCCCUGCCUUAUCAUGCCUUGCAAGCUGAAGCGGCAAAACACUCCAUCCGUCGUAACCUAGGGGCUGCAAAGCUCCGUGAAGCGCUCAAGCGUAUUCUGGGCGGUGAUCCGGACUCUGCCGACUUACCCCCGCAAUGGUUCAUAGCCUCCGCGAGACCUACGCCAGCCCCCGCCCAAGGCAAAGCACCCCAACCUGCCCGCGCUACCAAAACCAAUGCUCGUAUCACUGCUGCACAAAAGAAAAAAGCCACCCUCCUCGCACCGUCAUCCCCAGAAGCCUCCCGUGCCCGGCGCUCCCAACACCCACCUAGCCCCCAAGCUGCUCCCGCCCCUGUCACCGCCCAGUCACCCCGCCCCCUUGCACCUCGAUCAUCACCCGUCUCAAAAACCCCAGCUGGUUCACCUCCUCGCUCUCCCCUGCGCGCCUCGGCCAGGUCACCAGCUCCCCAUGCCUCCACGUCUCAGGCCCAAGCACAGGGCUCAGGCCGCACAGGUGAAACUUCUGGUGAGACUACAACCGCCUCUACCGCCAAAUUCAUCAGGGCAAUUCUCGAGCGGGGAAGGCUGCGAGGUCAAUUAGUCCCACCAUCCGAGUACACCAAUGCUGUUGGUGCUGGAAGUGAGGCACUACCAGCUGCUAUCCGACGAGAGGCCCAACGACUCGGCCUACCGAGAAGCAUCACCCAGACCAACAUCGACUUCAUCAGCUUCUUGAUCCGGGACACCCUUGAAGAACUCGACCGCGGCAAGUAUGUCUGGGCGGUUCUUUCGGCUAGCAGACAGCCCAUGCGGCAGUUCCCCCGUCAUCCUCCUGCUUCACCUUCCAACCCAGUCGACACCACCACUUACCACAACUACGGUUUCGCACGCUCCCCCGUCAACCCUCAAACACCAUGGCCCACUGGAGCUACCCCAGCAGUCCCAGGACCCCGCGGACCGUCUCCUGCGCGACCACAAUCCCGCGCUCAAUCUCCUGCGCGACCACAAUCCCGCGUACAUUCUCCUGCGCGACCACAAUCCCGCGUAGCUUCUCCCACGCGACCCAACCCGUCGCCUUCUCCUACGCGACAACAUCACUCGCCAGUACGAGUUUCGACUCCCCCCGCCGGACCGUUUGACCCGCCCUCGAUCGAUUCGAUCGACCUGCCACGAGAACUAUCGCGUUCCUUUGCUACCGAGCGAUUGAACAUCAGUGAUCCAACUCGCUCGCAACCCGCAUUACUCCACGCCGAUGAAUUGCUGGAGAGCUCGCUUUCUGAAUCUUCCGAAGAAGAAGCCCAAUCGCGCAGUUUCGUGGAAAACCUGCUGUCCGUUGAGACGGCCUUCCUCGAGCCCAGCCCCAGUGUCACCCCCUCCCGACGCAAACGCCGCGCAGCCGAAGACGAGUCUCCGACUCCUCCUUCAACCAAAAAGACCAAGCUCACGCCCGCCCCGCCCUCCCCUGGCCCCUCUCGCCCCAGUGCUCCUGGUCUCGCUGCUGGUCCCUCCCGCAGCAGUGCUCCAAGCCCCUCUGCCGGCCCCUCUGCCGGCCCCUCUGCCGGCCCCUCUGGGACCAGCGCUCCUGCCCCCGCGACCCAAUCCGAUGUGUCGAUGGCAUCCUCCACUCCCUCGGUCACUCCCCCGGCUCCUGCUUACAACUUCAAGCCCUUGAAGUUCUUCCCCACGGCCAAGAAGGCCCCCGCUAUCCCCCCGGACUCACCAUCCCCCGCAACGUCGCCAGAGUGUGCGCCAAGCAACCCUACUCUCUAUGGCACCGAGAACCACUACAUCGACGAUUCUACCACCCGGUUCAGCGAGCUCCUCCGAGGCUCCACCAGACUCUUGCCUUCUCCUUCCACCCGCAAAUCAAACCCUUCCUCCCAAAACAAAUAA